AUGUCCGCGCCCCCAUCCCCCACCCUCUCCGACGCCGAGCUCCUCGAUUCGGUCGAGGCGUCGUUCGACCUGGGUGCCGAACGCGAGCGCCGCAUGGCCGAGCUGCGCGCGACGGUCGAGAGCGCCCGGCACCUCAAGGAGACAGAGUACGGCCGCGUGGUGACCUACACAGACGAGAAGGAGCUCGUCGAGCGUCUGGCCAAGGAAAAGUACUGCGUGCUGCACUUUAUGCACCCCGACUUUCCCAAAUGCAAGAUCAUGGACGAGCGGCUGGCGGAACUCGCACCAAAGUACAAGCACACGCUCUUACUCCGCGUGUCAGUCGCCGACAUUCCCUUCCUAGUGGGCAAGUUCAGCAUCCAGGUCCUGCCGUGUGUUUAUGCGUUUGUGGACGGCAAGAAGGUGGACAGGCUCGUCGGCUUCGAGGACCUGGGCAACACGGACACGUUCACGGCCAAGACGCUCGAGUUCCGCCUGAAGCAGAGUGGCGUGCUGGUCGACUCGCUCACCCUCGCGUCGCUCCUGCCGGCUGGCGCGCGCCGCUCGGGCUCGGACGACGAGUCGGACGAGGACGACGAGCGCGCGUUCCGCGAUAAGGCGAGCAGGAGGAAGGGCAAGGUCGGGAUUCGGAACGGGUUGGCUAGCCGCGGCGGGGACGACGACGAGUGGUGA